CGAAGUGUAUUUCCAUUCGAGGUUCCACACGUCAAAACAACACAUCAGAAAUUUCAUUUUGAUAGCGAAAAAGUAAUUUUACGUGUACAUUUUCGGCAUUUUCCGUGAGAAGAAAAGUGAGAUCAUGUCCACGGAUUCUGACGAAUUGCUGUCCUUCAAGGAUUUUCCACUGGCGAGCGCGAAUCCGAGUGGCUCUGCAGGAAUCGCUCAGAUCAACAUCAAUUCGCCUGGGAAGAGCGGAAGUGGAUCCGGACAGAGAACAGAUGUUCUGGAGGAACUCAUGGCCGGAAGUCCUGACGAAACGGAGGCGGCAGGAAGUGGCAAGAACUAUUCCUUCUGGAGCAUCGAGUACUACCAGCAGUUCUUCAAUGUGGACACAUUUAUGGUCAUGGACAGAAUAGCCUCGGCGAUAAUCCCCAAGAGAGCCCCAUCGACGUAUCUGAAGUCGCAGAUCGGCUCCAAUCCGGACCUCUACGGCCCCAUCUGGAUCGUCAUCACGCUCAUCUUCUCGAUUGCCAUCAGCGGGAACGUGGCGAAUUACCUGCAGCAGGCCAGCUCCAACUUCCACUGGCACUACAACUUCCACCUCGUCAGCUACGCCGCCACGGCGAUCAUCAUCUACGCCAGCCUCGUGCCGCUGGCGCUCUGGGGCGCCUUCAAGUGGAGCCUGAAGCCCGUCAGCGCCGACCUGGAGACCGACACCAGCGCCUACACGCCCGGAUUCCUCACGCUCCUCUGCAUCUACGGCUACUCCCUGGCCAUCUACGUCCCCGUGUCGAUCCUGUGGGUCAUUCAGGUUUCAGUCCUGCAGUGGCUUCUCGUGAUCACGGCGGCUCUGAUGUCCGGAUCUGUCCUGAUAUUUGUCAUGAUGCCGGCGCUUCGCAACUCCAAGUUCUCCCUAAUCCUUAUUCUGGGCAUCAUUGGAGCACACUUUCUCCUUGCCGCCGGAUUUAUGUUGUACUUCUUCCACGUUCCAAACACCAACAGUCCUUUAGCUCAGUUGGCUCUGAAUUCCACGAAAGCCAUAUAAAAUGUGAUAACAUCAAUUGCAAGUGUGUAAAAUUGCGAUGGUUGAAUAAAUCUAUCGCACAAUUCAUGAGGACGAACGCUAAUCAGAUCAUCAGACGCUAUUUUAAAGUCUCCGGGACAAAUUUUUGUAUGAAACUGAAGAGAAAUUAUCAGUCUCUAUAGAAGAACAAAGAGAUUCUCGAGGUUCCUUUAAAAGCUCUCCAUGGAGCUUUUGUCUCAGCGUAGAGAAUCUCUUUAGAUCCCCUAAGAAGACCAAUAAUAUAUCGAAAUUCUCUGCAUUUUAUUAGAAAAUCAUCCUCUAUUCAUGGUUUCUACAAUUUUAUCACAAUUUAUCUCACAUUUAGUUACUUUGUCGUCUUCUUCUGAAACGCUGGAGUAAUUCAGGAAGCUCUUCAGACUGUUAAUCUGCGUUGGAAGCGUCUCUCCGCCGUUUCUGACCACGAGACAAUUGAACACAAUCGUCGAUUUUUAGACUGGCUGGGAUUCUGAUCCUAUUUGUAUUGUG